UGAUGAAAUCAGAGAUGAUAUAACUGGAAACAAGAGGAAAUCAUGGUCGAUAACAGGAAUAUUUAAUGAUGUGUGUGUGCUGGGCGUGUGUCACGUGUUCAGGGGGUGCGCGAGCAGCGUUAGCAGCAGCGCGAGCUUCAGUCAGUGAUCGGAUCUCUGGAGAGUCAUGACGCGCUCCGGACGCGCGCGGGUUUAACGCACGGAAUGAUUGUGAAUUAUCGAUAAAUGGGGUCCGUGAAAUGGAAAACACAUCAGCAACUGCUGAUUUUUCUCUGGGUUUUAUCGUUUUCAGGGGUUUUUGGCUUUAGUGAGUUGUCUUUCACCAUCCAGCCCAAGGAUGUGACUGCAUCUCGGGGCGAGGACGUUAUUUUGGACUGUCAGGCUCAAGGCGAGUCGCCCAUCGCUGUGCGGUGGAGGAAGAACGGCGUCCAGCUCCAGGAGAGCGGCCGCGUACGCGUCCUGUCCAAUGGAUCACUGUACAUCUCCGAUGUGAGGAGUUCAACAGAGCAAUCAGAUGAGGGCUUCUAUCAGUGCCUCGUCCAAAACAAAUACGGAGCCAUCCUGAGCCAAAGAUCCAGCCUUACAAUCUCAAAUGUCUUGUUGUUUGUGACCCAUCCUGUCCCAGUGGAGGUUACACUGGGCUCCGUGGCCCGAUUCUCCUGUGCUGUCAGUGGAUCUCCAGCGGUCAUCCGCUGGGAACUCAACCAAAGAUCUCUACCUCUGGAUUCAGACAGGUAAUCACCUGUUUUGCCAAAUGGAGUGCUGCAUAUCCGCGACGUGACAAUGAGGGAUGCUGGGAAUUAUCGCUGCUUAGCAACAUACAUGGCCAGUCGAGUCAAGAGCCGAGAGGCCGAGCUGUCCAUCAUCCCAGUGUCGGGACCCAGGCCUCUCAUGAAACCACACAUCAUAGCUGGACCUCAGAACAUCAGCGCCGGUCUGCAUCAGUCUGUGGUUCUGGAGUGUUUGGCGGAGGGCAACCCUCGGCCGCUGGUGUCCUGGAGCCGGGCCGACUCUAAACCCAUAGAUGUGUUCGGAGCCAGGGUGCUGGGAAACGGGAACCUGAUUAUCACGACCGUUAAAGCCCAGCACAGCGGCACGUACCUGUGCCGGGCGACGACACCGGGAACACGCAACUACUCCAUAGCGGCCGGAAACCUCACCGUACUCAUUCCUCCAUCUCUGGUGGAGAAGCCAGAGAGUCAGACCCGACCCAGAGCUGGUACGGCCCGUUUCAGCUGCCAGGCUGAAGGCACACCUGCGCCCCGCAUCACCUGGUUUAAGAACGGUCAGGUGAUCCACUCCAACGGACGCACCAAGAUGUACAACAGUAAACUGGUGAUAACUCAGAUCAUUCCGGAAGACGACGCCUUUUACCAGUGCCAGGCGGAGAACUCUCAAGGCUCGGUCGUGUCCACGUCCCGUCUCAUCGUGGUGCUGUCGGAGGACCGUCCCAGCGCUCCGCGCAACGUCCAUGCGGAAACCAUCUCCAGCUCGGCCAUCUUACUGGCGUGGGAGAGACCACAGUACAACGCAGAUAAAGUCAUCGCCUACUCCAUACACUACAUGAAGUCUGAGGGUCUAAACAACGAGGAGUAUCAGGCCGUGAUCGGGAACGACACGACCAGCCACAUCGUGGACGAUCUGGAGCCGGCGCGAAACUACACGUUUUAUAUUGUGGCCUACAUGCCGAUGGGCGCCAGUCGCAUGUCGGAGCAGGUCACGCAGCACACGCUGGAGGAUGUGCCCCUCCGUACUCCUGAGCUGAGCCUGACGAGUCGCAGUCCCACCGAUAUCCUGGUGUCCUGGCAGCCGCUUCCUCCCAAACUCAGCCGCGGACGCUUGUCUGCGUACCGUCUGUCCUACCGCACGGCCACCGACGAACAGGUGACCUCCGUCGAGCUGCCCGUCCCGGGUGAGAACUGCACCCAGUACCUUCUGCAGGGUCUGCAGCCCGACACCAUCUAUCUGAUCCGCAUGUCCGCGUCAACCCGUGUGGGUUGGAGCCAACCGUCCGCCUGGAACUCCCAUCGCACGCCCAAAACAUCCAGCGCCACAGUGCCUCCCGCCCCAAACCUUGAGCUUGAACCUCUCAACUGCACAUCUGUGAUAAUCCGCUGGCAUCCGGCUCCCAGUGACGCUGUCGUACAGGGAUACAAGCUCUGUUUUCACCCAGACGGCCAAUCAGAGGACUCCAUUAUCCAGCUGCCCCCUCAAGACCACCAGCACACCAUCACAGGCCUCAACCCCAGAGUGAAGUACCAUGUGAAACUGUUAGCGUUCAGUGCUAAUGGAGAUGGCUAUCAGGCCCAUCAGACGGUCAACACUCCAGGAUGUCCUUCCGCACCGAACCGGCGUUUGGCCGCCCUGCCGCCACCCGACCACAUCCACGCCAAAGCCAACAGCUCCUCGGCCGUGAGUCUGAGUUGGGGCCGUCCUGCUUUCAGUUCUGGGAAAGCAGUCAGCUAUUCCGUCCGCUACGGGCCCGUGAGUCCGUCCGACGCCAUCGCCGUACGCUACGUCCAAACCUCUGAACAAACGGUAAUGGUGGCAGGUCUCCGGCCAAACACUCGUUAUGAGUUUUCUGUUCGUCUGCAUAUGGAUCAGAUGUCCAGUCCCUGGAGCGCAAGCGUCUAUCAGAGGACUCUACUGGAAGCCCCAUUGUCUCCGCCACUGUCCGUCAGAGCGACUCUGAUCGAGGACGACACGGCGCUGGUGUCCUGGAAGCAGCCGGAUCAGCCGGAUCUGUCCGUGACGCACUACACCAUCCUGUACGCCUCUCAGAGCGCGUGGAUCGCCGGGGAAUGGCAGGUUCUCCAGAGGGAAGGUACAAACACAAUGGCUCUUCUGGAGAAGCUGGAGUCAGGUAACGUUUACCUGGUGAAGAUUUCGGCCUCCAACCAGGCGGGUGACGGUCCGUUCUCCAGCACCAUAGAGCUGCUGGUCAGGGCUAAAAUUCACCAGGGAAAAAACCCUCGACAUGCUGACAGCCACGCCGAGAAAACUGCAUUUAUCGACAGCCUGUACCACAUCGAUCAGAAGUCCAUGACGGGGAUCAUCGUUGGCGUGUGCAUCGCUCUGUCCUGCAUCAUCCUCUGCAUCUUCAUCCUCCUCACCAAGAGUGAAACACAGAAAUCUGCUUCCUCAAAGAUGAUUGGACAGGUGAGGAAUGAGGUCAUGCAUAGUGGCGCAUCAUCAGCCAAUCAGCAGCAGACGGAGAACGCAAACAUUCUGAUACCGAUGAUGAGGACACACUUUAUUGACGCCAAAGGUGGCACGAAUCUAAUAAUAAACCACGCAGGACCGAUUACGAGUGACGCUCAGAACAAACUAAACAAAUGGAGUGUUUUCAGUAACACUCAGAAGUCUAGUGGAAAUAAAAGCAAGAUUGAGGAUCCUGCUUGUCUUUAUGAGGUGGGGAAGACGGUUCUGCAUUACGAGGACGAGCAGAUCCUCUAUCGGCCUCUAGGGGAGUCGGAGAGCUCACAGACCAGCGCGGGAGACUCCGGAAACUUCUCUCACGACGAGACGGACAGAACCUCGGAUCGGUCGGACGACAGCGAGCGAAACAGACAAGAAGUGCCCGUGUGUAUCUGUGCGUGAGCGUUCAUGACAUCUACCUCCACUUCCUCUUUAACUCACCUGUCAGUCUGUGAUGUGAGUGGGCGUGGCCUGUGAUUCCAUGGCCAACAAAAACAAGUUGCACCAUUUCUUCAGGAUCAGAUCGCACCUGGAGAGAGUGUGAUCUGGAUAUUUGUGCCAAAAACCCUUUAAAUAGCUUUACUAAGUCGCAGAAUGCUCUGUUGGCUUUGACAAACUUGCACAGCCCUUUCUAAUAACUUUCCUGUUCGGAGUGAUUCCCAAAGAUGAAGGACCUGUUUCCGACCAGCUUUACCUGCUCAAGAUGAUGAAUGUGUUGAAGAACGCCUGAUGUGCUUUACCCGAACGGACGCGUGUUUUUUGUGACAGAGACAGAGUUUGUUCUGCUGUCUCUCUACCUCAUUCGCCCUCGUACGGGUUUGUGCAGCUUCUUGAUUUUAUAUUAUUGUUUUGAUAUAAACACUGAAGGUGUUUGCCGUAUAUAAUCCAAAGAGUCCAAAAUUCGAAUGAUAAUGAUGGACACUUUACAUUAAGGUUCAAUAAGUUAACAUGAACUAACAAUGAAUGAUACUUAAUUCAGUUUUUCAUUGUUUUCUAGUUAAUUAUAAGAAAUUCUGUUUUUCAAACGUGACUAAUUUCAUUGAUCUCAGACUUUUAAACCUCACCGUACAUAUUUAUUUUUAACUUGAAGAAACUAAAUAAGAUGAAAGUAACCGUUUAAGGUGCCUCAGGUUAUGAAUGCUGCUUUAUAAGUCGUCGAGUU